AGCUGUGGAAGCGUGGGACAGGGAUGGCAUCCAGAGUCUCUGAUGCACCUGCUCCUCUCUGAGCCAGAGAAAAGGCCGGAGCGGGGACAGCAUCAGCAGCACUUCAGAGGGUGCUGUCUGAGACCAUGAAGCCCAAGAAAACUGACUGCCUUCUCGUCUUCUACCUCAGUUCCUCACUGCUCAUCUGCAUAAAGAAUUCGUUUUGCAAUAAAAACCAUACCGGGUGCCUCUCAAAUUCUUGCCAAAACAGUUCUAUGUGCAAGGGUUUUCCACAAGACAAUUGCUGUUCAGACAUAGACAAUAAUUUGGACAAAGACUGUGAAGAUGGGAAAGACCCUUGCUUCUCCAGUCCCUGCCAAGGAAAUGCCACUUGUGUGAGUACUCCAGGAGAAAGGGGCUUCCUGUGCCAAUGUCCUCCUGGGUACAGUGGACUGACCUGUGAAACUGCCAUCGAUUCCUGUGGAGGGAACUCCUGCCAACAUGGAGGCACUUGCCAUAAAGACCCUGCACACUCUGUCUGUAUUUGCCCUGCUGGAUACACUGGGAGGUUCUGUGAGACAGAUCACAACGAGUGUACGUCCAGCCCUUGCCACAAUGGGGCUGUGUGCCAGGAUGGAGUCAAUGGCUAUUCCUGCUUCUGUGUGCCUGGAUACCAAGGCCGGCAUUGUGACUUGGAAGUAGAUGAAUGUGUUUCUGAUCCUUGCAUGAAUGAGGCUGUGUGCCUCAAUGAGAUAGGGAGAUACACUUGUGUCUGCCCUCAAGAGUAUUCUGGUGUAAACUGUGAGUUGGAAAUUGAUGAAUGUGGAUCCCAGCCCUGUCUACAUGGUGCCACAUGUCAGGAUGCUCUCGGGGCUUACUUCUGUGACUGUGCACCUGGAUUCCUUGGAGAUCACUGUGAAUUCAACUUUGAUGAAUGUGCCAGUCAGCCGUGUCUCCAUGGAGGUCUGUGCGUGGAUGGAGGAAACAGCUACCAUUGUGACUGCACAGGUAGUGGAUUCAUGGGGACGCAUUGUGAGACCUUGAUGCCUCCUUGUUGGUCAAAGCCUUGUCACAAUAAUGCUACCUGUGAAGACAUCGUUGACAGCUACAUCUGUCACUGCUGGCCUGGAUACACAGGUGCCCUGUGUGAGAUGGACAUAAAUGAAUGCAGUAGCAACCCCUGCCAAUUUGGGGGUGAAUGUGCCGAACUGUCCUCAGAGGAUCUAUAUGGACACAUUGCUGGCCUGCCUUCCUCCUUCAGCUACCUUGGAGCCUCGGGCUAUGUUUGUAUCUGUCAGCCUGGAUUCACAGGAAUCCACUGUGAAGAAGACAUUGAUGAAUGUCUACCAAACCCUUGCCAAAAUGGUGGCACUUGUGAGAACCUACCUGGAAAUUAUACCUGCCAUUGCCCCUUGGAUGACAUUUCUAGGACCUUUUAUGGAGGAGAAGACUGUUCUCAAGUUCUCCUGGGCUGCACUCAUCACCACUGUCUCAAUCAUGGAAAAUGCAUCCCUCACUUUGAAAAUGGCCAGCAUGGAUUCACCUGCCAAUGUCCUUCUGGCUAUGCUGGGACGCUGUGUGGAACUGAUACCACACUUUCCUUUGAGGGCAACGGCUUCCUGUGGGUCACAAGUGGCUCACAUACAACCAGACAGUCAGAUUGUAACAUAUCCUUGAGGUUUCAGACUGUUCAACUAAACACACUUCUCCUUUUCCGAGGCAACAGGGAUAUGUCUAUGAAGCUGGAAUUGCUAAACGGUUGUGUUCACUUAUCAAUACAAGUCCGGAAUCAGUCAAAGGUGCUUCUAUAUAUUUCCCACAACACUAGUGAUGGAGAAUGGCAUUCGGUGGAGGUGACAUUUGCGGAAAUUAUAACCCUUACCCUAACUGGCAGCUCCUGCAAGGGGAAAUGCACCACCAAGACUUCUUUUCCAGUGGAGAAUCAUCAGUCAAUAUGUACUUCUCCAAACUCUUUUUUGGGUGGCUUACCAGUGGGAACAACCAGCAACAGUGUGUCUGUGCUUAACAUCUAUAAUGUGCCAUCCACACCUUCCUUUGUAGGCUGUCUCCAAGAUAUUAAAUUUGAUUCGAACCACAUCACUCUGGAGAACAUUUCGUCUAGCUUGUCACAAAAUGUCAAAGCAGGCUGCACAAGAAAGGACUGGUGUGAACGUCAACCUUGUCAGAACAGAGGACGCUGCAUCAACUUGUGGCAGGGUUAUCAGUGUGAAUGUGACAGGCCCUAUACAGGCUCCAACUGCCUGAAAGAGUAUGUAGCAGGCAGUUUCGGCAAGGAUGACUCUCCUGGAUAUGCCAUCUUUAAUGUUGAUGAGAAUCAUGGACAGAACGUUAGUCUCUCCAUGUUUGUCAGAACACGCCACCCAUCGGGCUUACUUCUGGCUUUGGAAAACAGUACUUACCAGUAUGUCCGUGUCUGGCUAGAGCAUGGAAGCCUAGCACUGCAAACUCCAGGCCCUCCCAAGGUAGUAUUGAAUUUUUUUCUUAGCGAUGGAAAUGCCCAUUUAAUAUCUUUGAAAAUCAAACCAAAUGAAAUUAAACUAUAUGAGUCUUCACAAAACCUAGGAUUUAUUUCUGUUCCUGCAUGGACAAUUGGAAGAGGAGAUGUCAUCUUCAUUGGUGGCCUGCCUGAAAAACAAAAGACUGAAGUGUAUGGUGGCUUCUUCAAAGGCUGUAUUCAAGACAUAAGAUUAAACAACCAAAAUCUGGAAUUCUUCCCCAAUUCAACAAGCAAUGGAUACAAUGAUCCAGUUCUUGUCAAUGUGACUCAAGGUUGUCCUGGAGAUAACAUCUGUAAGUCCAACCCCUGUCAUAAUGGAGGUGUCUGCUAUUCCCUGUGGGAUGACUUCUCCUGUUCCUGCCCUGCAAAUACGACCGGGAAAGCCUGCCAGGAAGUUCAGUGGUGUCAACUCAACCCAUGUCCUCCCAGUGCACAGUGCCAGCUGGUUCCUCCAGGGUUUGAAUGUAUUGCAAAUGCUGUUUUCAGUGGAUUAAGAAGAGAAAUAUUGUUCAGAAGCAAUGGGAAUAUUACCAGAGAACUCACCAACAUCACCUUUGGUUUCAGAACAAGUGAUACAAAUGUAAUGAUACUGCAUGCAGAAAAAGAGCCCGAGUUCCUUAACAUUAGCAUUCAAGACUCCAGAUUAUCAUUUCAAUUGCAAAGUGGCAACAGCUUUUCUGUGCUGCACCUGAUGAGUUUACAAUUGGUGAAUGAUGGCACGUGGCACCAAGUGACUUUCUCCAUGAUAGACCCACUGGCCCAGACCUCCCGGUGGCAGAUGGAGGUAGACCACCAAACACCUCUUGUGACCAGCACAAUUGCUACUGGAAGCCUGAAUUUUUUGAAGGACAACACAGACAUCUAUGUGGGUGACAAAGCUUUUGACAAUAUGAAAGGCCCACGGGGCUGUCUGAGCACAAUAGAAAUUGGAGGCGUCUAUCUCUCUUACUUUGAAAAUCUUCAUGGUUUCAUUACUAAGCCUCAGGAAGAGCAGUUUCUCAAAGUCUCUACAAAUGCGGUCCUUACUGGCUGCUUGCCAUUAAAUGCCUGCCAAUCCAGCCCCUGCCUGCACGGAGGAAGCUGCCGAGACAGCUAUAACUCUUAUCAGUGUUCCUGUCUCUCGGGGUGGUCAGGAACACACUGUGAAAUCAACAUUGAUGAAUGCUUUUCUAACCCCUGUAUCCAUGGCAACUGCUCCGAUGGAGUUGCCGCCUACCACUGUAGGUGUGAGCCUGGAUACACUGGUGUGAACUGUGAAGUGAAUACAGACAAUUGCAAGAGCCAUCAGUGUGCAAAUGGGGCCACUUGCAUCAGUGGGACUCAUGGCUAUUCUUGCCUCUGUUUGGGAAAUUUUACAGGGAGAUUUUGCAGACACAGCAGAUUGCCCUCGACAGUCUGUGGGAACGAGGAGAGAAAUCUCACUUGCUCCAAUGGAGGCAACUGUACCGAGGUCCAGGAGGACUGGAAAUGUAUGUGCCGGCCAGGUUUCACUGGAGAGCGGUGUGAAGAGGACAUCGAUGAGUGUGCUUCUGAUCCCUGCCUCCAUGGAGGCCUGUGCAGGGACUUGGUCAACAGGUUCCAGUGCAUCUGUGACGUGGCCUUCUCGGGCGAGCGCUGUGAACUGGACCUGGCUGACGACUGGCUCGUGGGCAUUUUCACCGCCCUUGGCUCAGGGACCUUGGCCCUGUUAUUCAUCCUCUUGCUUGUGGUUGUUGCUUCCCUUAUCUCCUCCAACAAAAGGGCAACUCAAGGAACCUACAGCCCCAGCCGUCAGGAGAAGGCUGGCCCUCGAGUGGAAAUGUGGAGCAGGAUGCCGCCCCCGGCCCUGGAAAGACUCAUCUAAAAACCUGCUGCUUCUCUGAGAAAGGAAAAGAACGCGAUGAGCGAGCACCCUGCUCCUGCCUGAGUGACAGUUUUACAUCACUAGAGCUACUAACUUACAGCUGGGACCCCACUGGGACUGUGGGGAGGAUUUCCCUAGCCGCCUUAUAGACCUUCAUGGGGGGUUGCCCUGCAUCACCGUUUGCUUAUGUGAGCCAUUCACAGAAAUGUGUCUCUGUGUCAUGGAUGACAACCUCAGAAUCAGCAAAACAUCCUCCAGACAGAGAACUGUAUUUUAGAAAACUGUAUUUCUAAAACUGUAUUUUAGAAAAAUUUUAUAAUCUAACUACCCCUUAAACUCUUUACUAGGUGAUCCAGAGAAAAUGCUUAGUAGCCAAGUGCCACACAUUACAUAGAACCAGAAAGAAAAAUUAGAAAACAAUUUUCACUUUCUUCUUUUUAUUUUGUAGGAAAGUUUUGUUUUUUAAGACAGUGUCUCACUAUGUAAACCAAGCCAGCCUCCAAAUCACAUGGACCCUCCUCCCUCAUCCUCCUGAACUCUAGGAUUACAUGUGUCUGAUCAUGUCCAGCUUAGCUUUGAAUCUUUUAUCAUAUGCUAAAAGAUUCUAAUGGGACUUGGAGAGAUGGCUCACUGGAUAAGAACUUGCUGGAUGAGGGCGAGAACUGGAGUUUGGGACCCUGUUACCCACACAAGUGCCAGCUAAGUGUGGCCCUGUUUGCAAUCCGAGGCCUCAGGAGGUAGAGAUAGAGGUCACUGUAGUAAGCCGCCAAACUGUUAGGGUGAGUGAGUUCUGGUCUCAAAUGAGAGAACUUGACUCAAUAUAAAAGGUAAAUUGUGGGUGAAGAAGACACUAUAUGUCAAUGUCUUGCCUAUACGUGCAUGUGCACACAUUUAUGUGUGCCCAAGCAUGGAAACAUAUAUACAUACACACCACACACUGAUGCAACACACACACACACACACACACACACACACACACACACACACACACACACAUACACGGGUCUAAUUGUGUGUGAUGAUGAGAGGUACACUUUAGUCCUUCAGUCAUGGAUUUAGAGGAAGUCAUGAGAAGAAUGUAUGGUUUAAAACAUGACCCAACUUGAAAUAUGGCUGUUCUCCUGUCUGAGAUUGGCUUUGUUGGUGUUUGGUUGCUUAGUUGGUUGGUGGUUAUUUGUUUAUUUGUUUUGUUUGCCUGUGAUAUUACAUGUAACAAAAGUAACUUGUAAGAACAAUUGAAAAACUUUGUGAUGAAUUACAUCUUUUGCCUAAAUCAUUUAGAGUCAUUAUUCUUUAUGAAGAUAUGCUUCCAGUCAAGACAUUUCCUAGGCAGAAAUUAAGACAGUAAGAAAAUUGUUAGUCAAGCCUGAAAGAGGAGGCUCUUUCCUUCCAGGGACUUUUGGUAACAUCCAAAAGUGAUGGCACCUAAGUGUAAGGACCCCACAGUGAGAUAGACAUGUGUGCAGAAGCAUCUGAAAGGAGAAAAUAUUGCACCUUCUAUUUGUACAAUGUCUAUGCUGCGAUGGCUGUAUUGUAUGUAU